AUGGCCACAACAAGCUCAACCAAGACGGCCGAGCUCAAUGUGGGUGGUAGCAAAUAUGAAGUUUCCAGGUCCUUGAUUGAACAAUAUCCCGACACAAUGCUGGCUCGUCUCGUAUCCGAGACUUGGCAAAGAGAUGAACAAGAAAUCUUCAUUGAUCGGUCGGGUCUUCGCUUUCAGUACGUGUUGGACUACAUGAGAGACAAAAAGGUGCAUGUGGGUCUUGGCAUCCUCGUGGCUGCAAUCAAAACAGAGUUACAGUACAGUACUUUGGCUUUGAAAGCAUCCCUCAGGACGCGAUUGAUGGAGGCUGUUCCAGUCUACAGGCUGCCAAGCACAUGUUCCAAACCGCGGAGGACUACAAAGCAACAAUCCAGGAGCUAG